AUGUCGGUCGAAGAAUAUCUCUACCAGAUUCAAGAAACAGAUGAGGCCAGGAAGAAAUUCACAAACGCCAAAUCAAUCUCCUCUGCUCAGUACUUUGGAAAUGACAACAACUCGGCUGACCUUGAGGCCAAAAGUACAUUAAAGAAGUUCUCAGGUUCAUCAGCAAUCUCUAGUGCUGAUCUUUUUGGAGACGAUGAUGGAGAUUUCCCUCUAGAUCUCACCGCCGGUGAUCUUCUCAACCGCCUCUCUCUCCAGGCCCAACAAGACAUUUCAUCAUUGAAGAACAUGGCAGAGGAGACAAAGAAGAAGCUCGGCAGCUUAUGGGUCUGAAAUGAUAAAUCCAUUCAUUAUUUUUUGCUUAUACACUAAUUUCCAUUUCCAAAUCAAUUAUUCUAUUCAUUAUACUAGGGAAACACUGUUUUUGUUUAUCAAUCUUUUGUAUAAUUGAGAUUAUGUUUUGUAAAAAUUGUCAUCAAAUAAAAAUAUGUGGAGUGUUUUUCGACG